AUGCGCGUGCAGAGGAGAGUGCACCAUGUUGCAGACGGCAGCGGAUACGCAGUGCCGAUUGAUCCACGUACUUCGCAGGACGAAGAACGACUAAAGCAAUUUUUUCAAGGGCCUCUGCGUCCAGAAGAGAAAGACUUGGAGCGGGCUUGCGUUGAUGCUAUCAUCAAAAGCACGCUGUCUGCGAGCACAUCCUUCACAUCGUCCGGCUGCAGCACCCCUAUGAACCUUUCGAGCGUCCUGAAUGCAGACAAGGUUUUCAAGGAAGCAUGGCGCAGGUGUAAAUCCAAGUGGUCAGCUUUGGAGCCGCCUGAGGGGCCUCUGGAGGUUACGCUGACACGCUGGGUGGAGGAACGGGUGACAGACGUCAUCGUUUCCAGAGAGCCAACAGUUUCGCUGAGAAGCAGCGUUGCUUCGGGCUUCCGUGCCGGCGCCGUCCCAACCGCCCAGUUCUCGCUUGGCUCCGGCACACCCCGUUCUGCCCAUGCUCCCGCCUCCCGACCAAAGGAACUUGCCAACGGUUGCGUCAGGGCCAACGCGUGCCGUGAGAUUUUCCACGACCCCAGUGAGGUCCGAGCCGCCAUUGUGACCUGCGGCGGGCUUUGCCCAGGGCUGAACUCCAUCAUCCGCGAGAUCACCAACUGCCUCUGGCACCAGUAUGGCGUGAAGACCAUUCUCGGCAUGCAAGCCGGAUACAACGGGUGCAGUUCGCCGGACGACUUCCCACCCAUCCAGCUCACUGUCGAAAAUGUGCGAGACAUCCACAUGAAAGGAGGCAGCAUCCUGAAGGCGGGGCGGGGCGGAAUGGAUGAUCCGGACAAGAUCUUGGAUCAGCUGCAGAAGAUGGGCAUCAACAUGCUCUUCACCGUCGGCGGCGAUGGUACUCAGGCUGCGGCCAACUUGCUGUACCAAGCGGCGCGGAAGAGGGACAUGCCUUUGUCUAUUGUGGGGGUGCCCAAGUCCAUCGAUAAUGACAUCGUCUUCUUCGACAAGACCUUCGGUUUCGACUCGGCAGUCGCUGCGGCCUCCGAGGUGAUCCGAAACGGUUGGGUGGAGGCGACGAGUUGUGCGAAGGGCGUGGGCAUCAUCAAGUUGAUGGGACGUGAUGCUGGUUUUGUUGCCAUGCAUGCGGCGCUGGCCUCCACCAUCGUGGACUUGGUGAUGAUUCCGGAGGUGGACGUCGAGAUGGAGGAGAUCAUGAAGCACGUGGACACAACCUUGGCACGCAAGGACUUCAUGGUCGUCGCAGUGGCGGAGGGUGCUGGGCAAACGUUUGUUUCGACGGGAAAGAAGGAUUCGACAGGUCACACAGUGUAUGGCGACAUCGGUACCUACCUUAAGGACCAGAUCAACGCGCACCUGAAGAAGAGUGGCGGACGGUCCUUCUACAUCGACCCCUCCUACAUCAUCCGCUCCGUGACCAUCCGACCAAACGACCACAUCUACUGCUCCAGGCUUGCCCGUGACGCCGUCCACACGGCGAUGAGGGGCUACACUGGCGUUUGCGUGGGGCCGAUCCACAACAUCAUCGUGGUGAUGCCCUCCAACCUCAUCGCCAGCCGCAAAAAGCGCAUAAGCGUUCAUAGCAGCUCUUGGCAGUCCUGUGUGCAGUCCUGCAACAUGCCCAAGUCUUUGGCCGGCCUCAACAAGUGA